AUGGAUUAGAAGGAUUUCAAGAUCGAGUCUUUAGGUGAAUACUUCACAAAGAAAUUUCAAGUGACUCUUACAUAAAGGGAACCAAUCAAUCAUGAUUCUUAUUUGUUCAGAUUCGAUUUCAAAAAUCCAAAAGAGAGAUUAGGAUUGCAAGCUGUCCAGCACAUCAAAAUCUCGUAAACUAUCAUUUUAUAUUGAGUGGCUUUAAUUUGAAAGGGGAAGUAGUUGAAAGAGCUUACACACAUGUGUUUGAAGAUGAUGGAUAUUUUUAGAUACCUAUCAAAAUAUAUAGGCCAAAUGUACAUCCUCAAUUUCCAAAUGGAGGGGAAUUGACUCCAUGGCUAGAGAAGUUAGAUGUAAUUUAUGAGAUUUAUUGAUAGCUAAAUUCAGAAUUGACUAUUAAAAGAUGCUUAGGAAAGCUAUGUUAUCAUAACAAUCAAUUUAUUGUUAGGCCAAAAUUGAAUAAUACUUGGUCAUAAUUUGAUACUGUGCUAUUUAUUUGUGGAGGUAGUGGUAUCACUCCAGCAUAUUAAUUAAUACAAUCUAUAUGCAAUAAUCCCAAUGAUAACACUAAAAUGGUCCUUUUGUAUGCAAAUAAAACUGAAUAAGAUAUCUGGUUAUAAAAAGAGUUAAACGAAUUCUAAGCUAAACACAAAGAUCAAUUUACAGUCCAUUUCACGAUAGAUAAAGUAAUUACAUACAAUACACUUUAAGUUUGAUGAGAAUUGGAAAGGUCUGAAAGGGCAUGUUAAUUUUGAAAUGAUGACCUCAAAAUUUCCAAAACCAACUGAAACUACUUUAGGUGUGUUAUGUGGACCUAAGCCCAUGAACAAGUUAGUCAUAUAUUUAUAUGAAUAGUUUGGAGUAAAGAAAGAUAAUAUAGUAAAAUUUUGA